AUGUUCAAAUCUUUCGGCAAGAUCAUGGGCGGCUCCUCCCGAAAGGGCAAGUCCAAACUUCAAGACGGCGAUGACAGUGUCGAUGCGUCCAACGGCUUACCCGGCUCCGACUCUUCCAACCUUCUACGCGCCAAGAGCAAGGACUCUCUCGCGGUAACUGAAAAUGGCUCGGGCAACUUCGCGAAUAAUGGCUCUUCCGCUCCCGCCAAAAUCGAAAAGCGCGGCGGCGUUAGCAGACACGAAUCGCCCUUGCCAUCUCCCUCGCCCUCGGCACGCAACGUGCUCGAAGGCCAAGAAGAAUCCAGUGAGGUGGGCAGUUCCGCCGUAGCUAGAUCAGCCCCCGCUUCUGACGUCGGUGGCCCGCGGCCCGCGAACGACGCUGCAUCCCAAAGCACAUCCGUGCCUACCGCCAACACGAUCCUCUCCAAUCCACUCGCACAGAGCGGCAGCACCGGCUUCCCUAGCUCCGUUGGCAAGAACGCGCAAGCUGCGGCUGGCGGCGACCAGGUUCGCACCUUUGACAUUGAUGACAUGAUCUCGCGUCUCCUCGAGGCGGGUUAUUCGGGCAAGAUCCCCAAACCAGCGCUCAAGAACGCCGAGAUCACCGCGGUUUGCCAAGCCGCACGCGAAAUCUUUCUCUCGCAACCCACGCUCAUCGAGCUCAGCCCGCCCGUCAAAAUUGUCGGCGACACACACGGCCAGUACCACGAUCUUUUGCGGUUGUUUGAGAUGUGCGGUUUCCCACCAUCCGCAAAUUACCUCUUCCUGGGCGAUUACGUUGACCGAGGCAAGCAAUCGCUCGAAACCAUCCUGCUGCUGCUCUGCUACAAGAUCAAGUACCCCGAGAACUUUUUCCUGCUUCGUGGCAACCAUGAGUGCGCCAACGUCACGCGGGUCUACGGCUUUUACGACGAGUGCAAGCGUCGUGUCAACAUCAAGAUCUGGAAGACGUUCAUUGAUGUCUUCAACACGUUGCCCAUCGCCGCUGUGGUGGCGUCCAAGAUCUUUUGCGUGCAUGGUGGACUUUCGCCUUCGCUAUCGAAUAUGGACGACAUUCGACGCAUCGAGCGCCCCACCGACGUUCCCGAUUACGGUUUGCUCAACGACUUGCUCUGGUCCGAUCCGUCAGAUACUGCACUGGACUGGGAGGACAACGAACGAGGCGUUUCCUACUGCUUCGGCAAAGCCGUGAUCCAGCAGUUCCUGGCUCAGUAUGAUUUCGACCUCAUCUGCCGUGCGCAUAUGGUGGUCGAGGACGGCUACGAGUUCUGGAAUGAACGGACGCUGGUCACCAUCUUCUCGGCACCCAACUAUUGCGGAGAGUUUGACAACUUUGGUGCGGUCAUGUCGGUUUCAGAGGAUCUGCUGUGCGCGUUUGAAUUGUUGAAACCGCUGGACGGCGCCGCGUUGAAAAAGGAAAUGGCCAAGAAUAAGAGGAGGAGUCUCUUGCAACAUCAAUCACCGCCUGCGAGGGGGUCGCAGCAGUCGUAUUGA